GCAAGGCAACUGAGGAAAGUGAACAAUUCUAGUCCUUUCUAAAAGGACCCGAGCUUAGCACAUUCUGAGACUGGGAGUGAGACCUUGGAGGGAAUCAAUUAUUAGGCCUUUUAGGGUUUUCUCGGUUCUCUCAUAUUUCUUUCCUAAACUCAAAUUUCCAAUCAUGGAGAAGUUCAGGAGAGCAUCUCAUGCCGGUUCUUGGUAUACUGAUAAUCCUAAGCAGCUGUCGGACGAGCUCGAUGGAUGGCUGAGAUCAUCUGGUCUGACCAAAUCUCCUGAUGUACGAGGUGUAAUAGCACCACAUGCAGGGUAUUCCUAUUCGGGACGAGCUGCUGCUUAUGCAUUUGGAAAUAUAGAUCCAUCUAACAUCUCUCGGGUGUUCCUUCUCGGUCCUUCUCACCACUAUUACACUCCUAAAUGUGCCCUUUCUAUUGCCACAGUCUACAAGACCCCCAUAGGGGAUCUGCCUAUAGAUUUGGAAGUAAAUGAGGAGCUUAAAGCUACGGGGAAAUUUGAACUAAUGGAUAUUCGGGUUGAUGAGGCUGAACAUAGCAUGGAAAUGCAUUUGCCAUAUCUUGUCAAAGUAUUUGAGGGGUAUCAGGUAAAAGUAGUACCCAUUUUAGUUGGUGCUCUUAGUGCUGAGAAUGAAGCCUUGUAUGGACAAAUACUUGCUAAGUAUGUGGAUGAUCCGCACAAUUUCUUUUCCGUGUCAUCAGAUUUUUGUCAUUGGGGAUCUCGAUUUAAUUACAUGUAUCAUGACAAGAAACAUGGGCCUAUAUACAAAUCUAUCGAGGCCUUAGACAAGAUGGGCAUGGGCAUUAUAGAAACAGGAGAUCCAGAUGCAUUCAAAAAAUAUCUUUUGGAGUAUGACAACACAAUUUGUGGACGCCAUCCAAUUAGUGUUUUUCUCCAUAUGCUUAUGAAUUGCUCAACAAACAUAAAAAUCAAAUUCCUUCGCUACGAGCAGUCCAGUCAGUGCAAAACUACUAGGGACAGUAGUGUUAGUUAUGCAUCUGCAGCAGCAAAAGUUGAUGGCUCAAGCUCUAGUUGAACAUCUCCAUUGUCCUCUGUUUGUCAUCCUGCAUUUAAUUUCCUAAAUUGACUAUUUAUACUUCCGUUAAAAAUAACUGGAUAUUUGGUAUCUUGUUCAUAAAUUACUAGCACAUGUUUAACAAUCAA